UGGUGGCGGUAAUGCACCAAAAGCUGGUCUGCUAACAGCCAAUAACUGAAAAGAAGAAGAAGGGAGGCAACGAGGGGAUUUGCGGUUGUCACGGGCCUUCUCGACGGUCACAAUUUGUUUUUGAAUUCUAUAGGGAUAUAGUCAUAUUAAGUACAUGAUGCCAACAAUUAAGCUGCAAAGCUCUGAUGGAGAAAUGUUUGAAGUGGAUGUUGAAAUCGCCAAGCAAUCUGUAACUAUAAAGACAAUGCUGGAAGAUUUAGGCAUGGAUGAUGAAGGGGAUGAUGAUCCUGUUCCUCUUCCAAAUGUGAAUGCAGCCAUCCUCAAAAAGGUAAUUCAGUGGUGUACGCAUCACAAAGAUGACCCUCCACCGCCUGAGGAUGAUGAGAACAAAGAGAAGAGGACAGAUGAUAUCCCUGUUUGGGAUCAAGAGUUUCUCAAAGUGGACCAGGGCACACUUUUUGAACUCAUCCUGGCAGCAAAUUAUUUGGACAUCAAAGGAUUACUAGAUGUCACCUGCAAAACAGUUGCCAAUAUGAUUAAAGGAAAAACCCCAGAAGAAAUCAGGAAGACAUUUAAUAUCAAAAAUGACUUCACAGAGGAAGAGGAAGCUCAGGUACGCAAGGAGAACCAAUGGUGUGAAGAGAAAUAAAGUUCACCCCAACGAUGUCACACUAAGGAUUGUUCCCGAAAACACACGUACUGGUUGCACUGCGCUAUUCAUACUUGCUGAUAUUUACCAGUAGAAUUAGAUCUCUUCUGUAUUGAUAGCAUGAUUUCCAUUGCUUGUCUAGUGGAAAAAAAUAUAUAAUUUAAGUGGUAUCAGUUUUUAUUCUUUGUAUAUUCAGCAGAAAUUAAGUUUCCUUACUUCUUACAAGUAGAAGCCCAAUUACCCUCUUUGGGAAUAAAGUGUCAUCAGGAAACUAACAUUUUGACAUUAUUUGAAGUCAAAGGGUUGGUUUUUUUGUUUGUUUUGUGUGUGUGGGGGGGGGGGGGGAUUUGGACUUCUAUAUAUAGGUUUCUCAUUCAUGUCUAAAAAGGUAGAGAAUGUGUGGCUAAAAUAUUCAGCUUGACCUGUCGGCUGGAAGUAUUUAAGUUGUGUUCUCAUGGAGCAUGGAUUUGUUGCCACUUGUACAUUGUAAAAGAUCAAAUACCAUUUCCUAGUUUUAUUCCUAACACAAAGCAUCACAUUAUCUUUCAGUUCAAAAAUUAAAACCAACAAAAUGUG